AUGGCCUCUCAGAACUCGUUCACACAGUCCGAAGGGUUUGUAAACCUCCUAAACAUUCAGUUAAACACUGACUCUUACUCACCGUGCAUAGAAUUGGGAUCAUCAGAUAUUCCUUUGUUUAGUACACAAGGAUCUGAUGAUCCUGCUGAAUCUGCUCUGAAGAGAAAAGCCUGGUCGCCUAAGGAAGACUUGAUCCUCAUUAGUUUGUGGCUCAACACCAGCAAGGACCCCAUUGUCGGUAAUGAACAGCGAGCUAGAGCAUUUUGGAAGCGUAUUCAGGUGUAUUACAACAACAGCAAAGAUCUAGUUGGGCUGCCAAGAAGAGAGUGGUCUCAAUAUAAACAGCGAUGGGGAAGGAUCAAUGAUCAGGUGUGUAAGUUUGUAGGAUCUUAUGCGGCUGCGCAGAAGGAGAAAAGAAGCGGUCAGAAUGAGAACGACGUGAUGAAGCUGGCGCAUGAGAUCUUUUUCAACGACUACUCCAUUAAGUUUGCUGUGGAACAUGCCUGGAGAGAGUUGCGGUUCGACCAGAAAUGGUGCACAACUAGCAAAGUCCAAGACGGUGCCUCAACAAAAAGAAGAAAGGUUGAAGACUCGGCUCAGUCAUCAACCUCCAUACAUGCAAGCGAGAAUGAAGAUGUGGUGGAGGGUCGUCCACCUGGAGUGAAGGCGGCGAAGGCCAAAGCAAAACAGUCAGGACGUGGUAAAUCCGACAACAGGGACAUGAAAGAGUUUUCUUCCAUGUGGGAAAUGAAACAAAGGGAUCUAGAGUUGAAAGAUAAGAUAAGAGACAAGAGGAUUCUUGAGAAUCUUUUGGCUAAGAAAGAGCCGCUAACUGAGAUUGAAAUGGCACUCAAGAACAAGCUAAUUUGUGCUAUGUAUGAUCUUUAG